AUGAAGUUUACCAGAUCGCUGAAACAGCUUGUCCCACUUAGGAAAAUGACAGACGUUAGACUAAGAAGUUAUGAGUUUGAAUCUGGUAACGGUGAACACUAUUUAGCGCUAAAUCAAAACAAGUACUAUCAAUCCAAGAGACCUACUUUCAAAGGAGAAACUUUUGCCCAACAGAAAUCCUUGCCUGAUCUAGUAGUACCUGAACUAAAGGACACUAUUUCCAAAUACCUUUUCUCUGUAAAACCAUUUUGUAAGACACCUGCAGCAUUUGCCAAACAGGAGUUGUUGUGUAAGGAAUUGUUAGAAAGGACGGGCCCUCAGUUGCAAGCACGCCUUGUAGAAUAUGCUAAAGGUAAAAGGAAUUGGAUUAGUGAUUUCUGGGAUGAUCAAGGAUAUUUAGAAGUCAAUGACCCUGUGGUUCCUUAUGUUUCUUAUUUUUUCUCUCAUCGAGCUUUACCAACUUCCCAUAGGUCCAUCGAUAGAGAUCCGUUAUUGAAGGCUACCGCAAUCAUUACCACAGUUUCCAACUUCGUGGAGACUAUUAAGGAUGAAGCAUUACCACCAGAAAUAAUUAAAGGUACUCCUUUCUGUAUGAAUGGAUUCCAACUGAUGUUCAACAGUAGUCGUGUUCCUGGUCCUGCCGGCGGUACUAGUGAUAAUUACGUUUUCCAUUCUAUCUACGAAAACGAUUUCAUUGUUGUAGGAUACAAGGGCAACUUUUACAAAAUCUACACUCAUGAUAGUGAAUCAAAACCAUACGGUCCACACGAAAUUUGGCAACAAUUGUAUACAGUGGUGAAUGAAUUGAGCGUUAGAGAACAGGAAACAGCUAACGGAGGCGUUGGUGCAUUAACGGCAUUGCCUCGUGAUGAAUGGCGUUUUGCUCAUGCAGAGCUGGUUAAAAACCUAUUAUCAAGAGACUCGCUAGAGACGAUCCAUAAAGCCGCCUAUUUCUUAGCAUUGGAUGACGUUACACCAGUGACAUUGGAAGAAAAAUCAAGAAACUGUUGGCACGGUGAUGGUUACAACAGAUUCUUUGACAAAUUUUUACAAUUUUUUGUGGCUCGUAACGGAACUUCUGGAUUCUUGGCAGAGCAUUCCAAGAUAGAUGGUACUCCAACUAGUACUUUGAAUGACUUCGUCGCUAAAAACUUGUCACACUUGGACCUCAAGCAAUUCUUGAAAAAAGUGGUCCAACCUACUACCAGGUUGAAACAAACUCCGGAGCAUUUGCCCUUUGUCAUCACCCCCAAAGUGCAAGAUUUCAUCAACAGCGCACGUUCACAAUUCCAUGAUAAUAUAUACAACCAUGAAUUGCGUGUAUGGCAUUAUAACAGGUUGGGUAAAAACUUUGCCAAAAAGAAUGGUAUGUCCCCAGAUUCAUUCAUUCAACAAAUUAUUCAACUAGCUGUUUAUAAGUAUUUGGGUAAGCAGUUACCCACUUACGAAGCUGCCUCCACUAGAAAAUAUUUUAGAGGUAGAACUGAAACUGGUAGGCCUGUGUCUGUUGCCAGUGCAAAUUUUGUAGCCACUUGGGAAGACCCUCAAUCCACUGACGAGGAGAAAAUUCAAGCAUUGAAGGACUCUGCCAAGUACCAUUCAAGUUAUUUGAAGAUGGCUGCCGAGGGUCAUGGUAUCGAUCGCCAUUUCUUUGGAUUGAAAAACAUGUUAAAGGAAUCUGAUCAAAUACCAGCUCUUUUCCAAGACCCACUCUUCAGCUAUGCGUCUACGUGGCUCAUUUCCACAUCUCAGUUGUCAAGCGAGUACUUCGAUGGCUACGGUUGGUCUCAAGUCAAUGACAACGGGUUCGGACUUGCAUACAUGCUUAACAACGAAUGGCUACACAUCAACAUCGUUAACAAACCUGCAAAGAGUAAAUUAAGUGUGCACAGGUUGCAUUACUACUUGUCACAAGCAGCUGACGAGAUUGCCGACACUUUGGUCAGGAACCAACAUUUGAAGGCUAAGUUGUGA